GGAAGAGGAGGAGGAGGAGGAGGAGGAGUGUCGGUGCAGCGGCUCCGUCAGUCAGUAAAUGGUCUGUGGCAUAACGGAGAGGAGUCAUGCUCGGUAGGAUGAUGAUGAUGCUGCUUCUUCAGCUCAGCGGUCAUGUGACUUCUCGUGGAGGAUGGGCAGUCAGAGUUAAGCUAGCUUCCAGUGGACAGGAGGUCUGAGGUGAGACGAGGGAUCAUGGGAGAUGGAGGACCCCUGCAGACCGAGGGGAAUGCCCUCCUCAAAGCAGUCUUCCAGGGGAAGUUGAGGCUGACCCGCCUGCUGCUGGAGGGCGGAGCUUACAUCAACGAGGGCAACGAUCGCGGAGAGACUCCCAUCUCGGCAGCCUGCUUAGCGAGCUACGAUGAUCCGCAGACCCGGCUGAGGAUGGUGAGGUACCUGCUAGAGAAAGGUGCCGAUCCGAACAUCCCCGACAAGAGCGGGAGGACGGCACUGAUGCACGCCUGCGCCGAGCAGGCAGGGAAAGAGGUGGUUUCACUCCUGCUGGAGAACGGAGCUGAUCCCAGCCUCAAAGACUACUCUGGCUCCUCCGCCCUCGUCCACGCCAUCAACCGGGGAGACCGCAACACUCUGCAGGUGUUGUUGGAUGCCUGCAAGGCCAAAGGCAAGGAGGUGAUCAUCAUCACCACUGACACAUCUCCGUCUGGCACCAAGAAGACCAAACAGUACCUCAACUCCCCCCCCUCACCGGGCAUCGUGGACAAACUGUCUCCUGACUGCAUGUCCCCCUCUGAGGUGGAGAUCGGCACCUCCUCGCCGGCAGCAGACAAGAGCAAAGACGAGGAGGGGAUCUUCAGCUUUGCGCUCACCUCUGCUUUACCUUUACCUUCAGCUCGACCGCCGGGGGAAAAGAGACCACCGCCACGCAAACUGCUGAAGAGGCUGAACUCAGAGCCCUGGGGCCUGGUGGCGCCCUCAGUGCUGAGCGGGGUUCCUCAUGAGAGGGUUGACGGGGGUCUGGAAGAAGAGGGCGGAUGUGACCUGAGCAGGAUGAUUGCUGAGAUUAACGGCCUAUCCAUCACAGAACCAGUGAGACCUCUGCUGUCACGGCGACACAGCAUUGAGACCCACGACCCCUGUUCCCCCAAACUCAUCGACCGGUCCUGCUCCGAGGACUGCGCAGCCCUCUCUGGUUCUUCCUGGGCCGACAAAGUCCAACAGCACCAGAUCCUGUACCGCAGGAAUACAGCCCCGGAGUCCCAGGAGAACGCCGGGGUACCAGGGGCUAUUGCGGCCCGGGCCCUGGCUCACCCCAAACUGACCCGGAUGGAGCACUAUGAGUCAGACACCCACCUCAGCCCGGAGUCCAUCCCUGGCUCUCCCGACUCUGGUCGGGUGUCUGUGGAGCGGAGGAGAUACAAUGCCUCCCCCCUUUCCCUAGUCACCAGCUCCUCCAGAGAGUCUUUAGAGAACAUCCCCAACUCUGUGUCUCCUAUAAUGCGACCAGCAGAAACCUCUUCAGCAGCAAGUCUGUUGGAUCGGACCACGCGGGCCAGCCUUCACUCACCUGUGGGGUUUAAAGUGGGUCACACUGAACCGUCCUCCUGA